UCCAGAAGAGCUAAUAGUCUGCUGGCAUCUUUACAUUUAAACCGUCUAAAAGUAUAAAGUGUACAACUCAGAAAAUGCAAGGAGAAAUUGGAAAAACCACUGAAGACACCUACGAAAAUAUUGACGUUAUAAGAACAAAAUUGCAAAGGGAGACCACCAACUCUAACAAAAUGAGACUCCAGUCAUCUGAACUCACAGGAAGAGACUCUGGGAAGAUGAGAGGAUACAGAGCAGCUACAGUGUGUUUGGUGCUGGUGAGUACUCUUCUGCUGACUGCAGCCAUAGUGCUACUAAUCAAGAUCACCAGCCUCACAGAAGAGAGGCACCAGCUACUAACCAACAACACCAACCUAAUUCAACUAAACAAACAGUUAAAAGAACUGAAAAAUGAGCUGUGGAACUUUACCCAAAAUGGAUGGAUUUACUAUAAAUUUAGUUUUUACUAUGUGUCCACUGAGAUGAAGAACUGGAAUGAAAGCAGAAUCGACUGUAUAGAGAGACAAGCAGACCUGCUCAUAAUAAACAGCACAGAAGAACAAGGGUUUAUGAAAAAAAUAGUGAGUUCCACUAAUGUCUGGAUUGGUCUGACUGAUGCUGAUGAAGAGGGCAUAUGGAAAUGGGUUGAUGGCAGCAUACUGACCUCUGGGUUCUGGAGUACAGGACAACCCAAUGGAAAAUAUAUACAAAACUGUGUUGUGUCCUCUUCAAUAUCGUGGGCUGAUACUCAAUGCAAUUACACUUAUAAGUGGAUCUGUGAGAAGAACAUUUUACCUGUUGUACUGCCCUAAGAACAAACAAUUUUUUUGCUUUUGACCACAUUUUUAACAAGCCUUAGAAACAUGCAUAACCUCUUAAACAACUCUUUGCGUAUCGCUUUGAAAGCUCU